CAUCGAACCGCUGUUGCUCAGAGCUCGCACUCUUGAGCGAGCUCUUAACCAACUGAGCCACUCGGCCGGCUCCCACAGUUGACUGAUUUUAAAAGAGUUUGUUGCCGCGCCACUAGAAGGACCAAGGGUUAUUGAUCUUCCACAAUGGGUGAGCCACAGCAAGUGAGUGCCCUUCCACCACCUCCAAUGCAGUAUAUCAAGGAAUAUACAGAUGAAAAUAUUCAGGAGGGCCUAGCCCCCAAGCCUCCACCUCCAAUAAAAGACAGUUACAUGAUGUUUGGCAACCAGUUCCAAUGUGAUGAUCUUAUCAUCCGCCCUUUAGAAAGUCAAGGCAUCGAACGGCUUCAUCCUAUGCAGUUUGAUCACAAGAAAGAACUGAGAAAACUCAAUAUGUCUAUCCUUAUUAAUUUCUUAGAUCUCUUAGAUAUAUUGAUAAGGAGUCCUGGGAGUAUAAAACGAGAAGAGAAGCUAGAAGAUCUUAAGCUGCUUUUUGUACAUGUGCAUCAUCUCAUAAAUGAAUACCGACCCCACCAAGCAAGAGAGACCUUGAGAGUCAUGAUGGAGGUGCAGAAACGUCAACGCCUUGAAACAGCUGAGAGGUUUCAAAAGCAUCUGGAACGAGUCAUUGAGAUGAUUCAAAAUUGCUUGGCUUCUUUGCCUGAUGAUUUGCCUCAUUCAGAAGCAGGGAUGAGAGUAAAAACCGAACCAAUGGAUGCUGAUGAUAGCAACAAUUGUACUGGACAGAAUGAACAACAAAGAGAAAAUUCAGGUCAUCGGAGAGACCAGAUUAUAGAGAAAGAUGCUGCCUUGUGUGUUCUAAUUGAUGAAAUGAAUGAAAGACCGUGAAGGAUGUUUCUUUUUCUUCUUGUUUUUUUUUUCCUUUCAGUAAAUAGCAUCAUAGAUUAGUUAAUUUGCUCUUGGAGACUCUUAAAAGAGAUAUAAGUAGGAAUUAUAUAAACAGCUUUACUUUCCAACUUUAUCAAUUAGGAGAUGUCACCAGCAGUAGUUUCACUUUGUGGCAAGCAUAGGCAAAUGAGUAUGACUCCAUUCAGAGGCAUCAACUGAAAAAGCACAGUGCUGCUGUUGGGUGGAACAUUCCUGUUUUGGGAGUUGCAGUAAAUGUUGAAGAUAAUCCUCAAUAACAAGCUUUCAUCCUUGAAAAGUAGAUUUGUCAUUUGCUUUAAGAAUGAUAGAUAAAUAAAGGAUACCAAGCUGUAUAAGUGUGAAA